CUUGUUUACCUAUGCUUCGGCAGCAGUUCUUAACUCACCACAAACCGCAAACAACGCGUCCGCAACGCAAUACAAAACGCAACGCGCCUUAAAGCCAAGCUUACACCGUUUAACUUAGAACUGGAGAUUUCGUGUGCAAAUUAGUGCGAAUAAAAUGAAUCCCCUCAUCAGUAUUGCCCUAUUCGCGCUGGUCGCCUGUACCCAUGCUGAUGUGUCUCAUUUGUCAAGCACCUAUUUGCCUCCAUCGACCGCAUCGGCAUCUCGUACCGUCACCUUCAAUGCUGCCACAGGCUAUUCAAACGGCGGUGUAGGCGUUAGCAGUGGUGGCAGCAGUUUUGGUGGUCAUCGUUAUUCAGCACCCGCCGUUUCAUACAGCGCACCAUCAAGACAAGGGUACAGUGCAUCGUCGAGCUCCGGUGGUUAUACGGUGGCAUCUGCGCCAUCGCAUAAAUAUAUAGCUCCUGUUCAAGCGCCAGCUCCUGUGCACCACGCACCUGUCGCAGUACAUCACGCUCCGGUCCAAUCGUACCGCGCUCCAGCGACCAGUUAUAGUGCACCUGCCGUACACACCUCAUCUUAUCGCGCUCCAGCUGCCACCUAUGCUGCUCCUGUAGUUCAGCGCCCUGCCGUUGUACAACAACAUGCUCCAGUUCAACAAUACCGCGCCCCAGUUGUAUCGCAAACUGUCUCAUCGGGCGCUCAAUACCGUGCGCCAGCUCCGGUCUACAGAGCACCAGCUGCAGUGAGCCAUGGUUCGUCAUCUGGUUCUUAUAGAGCUCCUUACUCAUACAAUCCUCCUGCAACAACUCAUCGUGCGCCAGUGGCUCAAUAUCAAUCGUCCGCCGCGACAUAUAGCGCUCCCUCUGUUCAAUAUCAAGCUCCUGCUGCAUUAUACAGCGCUCCAGCGCCUCAGUACCAUGCCCCCGCUGCUACUUAUAGCGCACCUGUAAGAGCUAGCUAUCAAGCUCCAGCUUCCACCACAUACAACGCUCCAGCUAUUUCGUCCAGCAGCAUUUCAAGCGGUUCGUACCAAGCUGCGCCCGCCCACUACAGCAGGCCUGCGGUCUCGUACAGCGCUCCAGCUAAGUCCAUUUCGACAUCAUCAUCCAGUCUUGGCACCCAAUACGCGGCUAACGGUGGUUAUAUUUAUUAAGAACUAAUUCCAAACCCAAACUUCGAUCUUUUAUAUGUUAAAUGUUGGUAUUUUCUCGCUUCGAAUUGGUUAAAGAAGGUUAAAGAAGAUUAAAUAUUUUUAAUUGAAACGAAA